AUGGACCCGGAGUUCCACUUCGGUUGCAAGCCGAGCGCCGUGGCCGGCAACGCCACUGCAGUGUAUUGGAUGAGUCAAGCGGAGACAAAGGUGGUAGAAUUUCACUUGGAGACGCAGAAGCUGCUACUGAUUGAUACACCAGAGGUUACACGUGGCCUGCACUUUUUUCUCGCGCCGGCCAGGGACGGACGGUUGCGUUUGGCCGGCGCCAUUGACAACUUCAUUGUGCUGUUCUCGUGGGAUGAAGGCGCAUGGGUUAGCCAUACCCUUGUUUGGCUUGGAGAUUUCCUCCGGCUCCAUGUCUAUGCCCAGCACGAAAAUGAUGGCGAAGAGCUUUUGGAUGUUGCUGAAUACUCUGAUGAUGAGGACGAGGAAGAACUACUAUACGCCACAAUCAAAUCGCCCGUCAUCGGUUUCUCCGAGCAGUUGGAUUGCAUUUUCUUGCAGGAACAGGGUGUGUUCAUGAUCAGCUUGGAGUCCGGGCAGCAUCAACAAGUGUUUGAACCGGGUCAACACUUCUCCGGCCCUGUCUAUCCCUACUCCACCUUCUAUACAGCAGAAAGGAGAAGGCAAACAGGUGUUACAAGCCGCGACAUAAUUGCUAUCUAGGGUAGCAACUGAAUUCUUUGCAGGAAGCAGAGGUUGGGGUUCGAGGACACACAAGAUUGACAAUGGGCGAUGCUGCUGCUGGGAUUCCGAGGCUCCUUUCAUAACAAGAUGUUCUA